AUGGCUCCAGUGCAAAGUGAGCUGAAGGCAAAGCAACAGGAAGCUAUCAGCAAAAUCAACGAGCUCUUUCACGAGCAGGAAAGUGAACGAUCUCGACAUGAAGCGCUGCUGAAAGAAUAUGCAAAGCUUAAGGACUACCUCGCAGAUCGAGCGGUGGCAUAUCAGACGUCUUUGCAGCAAGCGAAAGACUUGACCGAGGAAAAUGACCGUCUGAAAAUGUCGCUUUCCUCCUUGACAGCAGUCCUUUCUCACGAGCAAGCUGCCCUGAGAAAGGAAAGCCAGAAGCUUAAGGAUGCCUGUGCACAAAUGGAGAGUAAGGUCAGGAAUCUGGGGAAGCAGGCUCAAGGGAAGGAUGAUGAAAUUGCAAACUGGAAGCAAGACCUCGCCGGAAAACCGCUGGAGGCGGACGGGAAUAGCAACACCAUUCGGGACAGUAUCACCAUACCUCUUCUGCAUCAAAUGGUUCCUCAUGAGCCAGAAGUGAAAGGCGGCAAAGGCCUACUUCAGUUCCUAGCAAUACUCGGAAGCAAGGAACAGGAACUGUGCGACAAACUCCUUGCGAACAUCACCGUGCUCUACAGCGUAGCAAUAUCCCAACAACGCAGAUGUUUGUCGCUGCUAGAAUCUGUUUCACGACGACCUCCUAACGGGUUGUUCCGUUCUUACAGAGCACAAUUUUAUGCGGUUCGGCAGUUUUUGUUUUCUUACCAGCUUGAUGAAAGAUCCAUUUUCAUGCACUCUCUAGCUCGCAAGUUGAUCCUCAACUUCUACACCCAACGCGAAGAACUGCAGGGCCGCAGUGGAGGGAAGGUCUUCCCUAACCUUUCGGGAACAGCUGAAGGGAACAGAAAGCGGGCAAUGGCGGAAGAACACAACUUGGCUUCGAGGUUGAAGCGAAGAGGAGAACUCGAGAAGCUUGUUGAAGACCAGAAGCAGGAGAUGCAGUCUGUACCUAAUUGA